ACAGAAAGCAAGCUAUAAAAUUGCAGAAAGGGUUUGGCAUUUCUUCGUCUUCCUUGAAAUUCUUGAAUUUGAAUUUCAUCUCUAAUUAUCUUUCUGGGGUUCUGUCUGCUUCCAUCAAUGGCUUUUCUACGCACUAUUUUGCUGCUUUUGUUUUUUACCUCUUCAUUCUCCAGCUUCCCUGCUCAAAGUAUCAGAAAGGAGUUGAGGGAUAAGGAGGUUCAGAGCAAGAUUGAUACAUUAAGUCAUUCAGUUCAUUUGAACCGAGUUGAUCCAUCACGAGUCACCCAACUUUUAUGGCAGCCAAGGUCAGGGUCUUCCUAUACAGCAAUUUUCUAACAGAUGAUGAGUGUGACCACAUUAUAUCCCUGGCCCGCAGCAUAAGACAAAAUGUUUUGAGGAAUAAUGGAUCAGAGAAUGCUGGCACAGAUAGGAUGCUUGAAAGUUCAGAAACUCAGUUAAACCUAGAAGUGAGUUUUCAUUCUUUCUGACUAACAAGCUUUACGUGCUCUGCAUUGCUUAUUGAGAAAACUUACUGAAGAAGGGGUUAAGUUUGGUUCUCCAAUUCUUGUGGCAUGUAUGACAAGGGUUUGGCCAUCACCUCUUCCUCUGCUCCCUCCCCCUACCCCAAUCCGAACAAGGGUGAUAUUCUCAUUAAUGUUCAGUUUUAUCUUUUACUGAUGUGAAUUAAAAAAUGUCUCUAAGUUAGUUAGAAAUUGUUUGAUGGCAUUUUAAAACAUGAGGAAACUUUCUCUUCUAUUUCAGUUAUUGUUAUUUCGCACUUGAGGUUCUGAUCUUUAUAAUGCUACUGAAGACAUUCUCAGUCUGAUGGAAGUAGUUUUGUAGCAACAGUUUUGAUUAUUCUUAUCAAUCUAUUUCCUCAGAAAGCAUGCCUAUUUCUCCCAAUUUUUGCUAGGAAAUUAUUUCAUAACUGAAUGACUACUUGCCUUUCUUACUGUGGUAUCCUAUAUCCCAACAUUAUCUAAUAAGAAAGAAAAUAUAAAAUUUUGAAGCUAGAAAGAGAAUUCAGCUAAUUUGUACUGGUUUUCUUUGCAUUGUACAUGAUGUAGGUUUCCUGAAAUUUAUUUCUUGAAUAUUCUGCUAAUAAUCUUUAUUACCAUGAAGUUUAGUGCUUUGAAGGCAAGCUGCCAUCAUCUUUGUUUGGUAUAUAAUUAGGGACAGGUUCUAUGAAAUUUUCUUGUUUGCCUUGAAUUUAACAUGAUCACCCAUCAUCCUCACACACAAGCAGAAUGUCACUCAUGAUUCCACUUUCAAAAAUUGGUGACAAUAGAUGACAUUAUUGACAUGGCAUGUUGCUCUUAAUCUAUGAGUAAAAGUGUAGUCCUGUUUGUGCUUUCAAUUUUUAUAUUUGAACAAUAGGAUGUUCCUAAGAACUAGCUUUUAAAAGGAGUUGAGAAUCAUAAACUUACUGAGAUAAAGUUCAAACUUUCAC